AGCGAUUAGUUUGAAAAAUCGGAUAAGCACAUCAUAUACGAUGCAUCGAUUAUCUCGUCCGGAAGAAGCGCUACUUUUAGCAGAGGUAGUUGAUGAUGAACAGCGGCAAGCAAGUGACGCGAGCAGCGACCAAACUCGACAAGCUGCAUCUGAUCUGGUCGAUCUGAUGGGGAUCUGAUGUAUCUGAUAUCUGAUCGCCACCGCGGAGUAUAACGCUGCACUGUGCGGAACGCUGCCCGCAAGAUCGCUGCCUGUCUGAAAGCGUCUAUAAGUUCAGCAAGAAAUAUCUGACCGUAUCUGACGGCCACCGCCACUGCGAUCGCUCUGGUGCGAGUUAGGUUGUCCGAAUCGAUGUUCAUGUACGAUGAUGUAAUUGGCAGUAAAAUUUGCAAUUGAGAAACUGUUUGGACCUAUUGUAUUUGUGGUCGAAACAAUGUUUGAUUUUGUGGGUGCAGGUUUCUGCAGAAGCGGCUCUUUUGGAACAGAACAGCAAGGGAGUGCUGCAAUGACCUGUGACGGCUGCUCUAUUAAAUUUACCGUUUUUAAAAGAAGACGGCAGUGUUCAAUAUGUCAACGUUAUUACUGCAGUUGUUGUUUGCCAUUUGGGCAAAAUAGUAGCAGCAAAGGCGUCACUUCCAUGUUCACCCGUUUCACAGACAAGAAGAUUAAAUGUAGCAAAUGCGAGGUACUUACUGCACGACCACUGUGUCGUUCACAACUUAGAGAGCUUAGAGUCAAGGAUUUACAACUGUACCUUACAUCUCAGAAAGUAUCUACAAGAGGAUGUGUUGAAAAGGAUGAUCUAGUAAAUUUGCUGAUGCGACAUGCUGGACAUUCAUCAACCAAUACUCAAAGAACUGAUUUUCCCUAUGGCCACAGUGGUCAGGCUGAUACACAAAGUAGAGUUCAAUCAUCCAUGGUGCAGGACCAACGAAAUCAUCAUUUUCAAGAACAAGGCACUUCCACUGCAGCAUGCUUAUCAGCCCAGUGUUCUCCAUCCACCUCAGAGACUCUCCCUGAUAAUGGAUAUUUGGACUCUGCUGUGACAAGUGAGGAGAGAACAAACACUGGUUCUGCUGCGAGUGCUUCAGUUUCAUGUUCAGAUUCUGGUCCACAGUCUGAACACCAAGCACCACCUGCAGCAAACAUGUUCAUCUCACAUGAAGAUAACUCUUCGAUUUCCUCUAGCAGCAGUUCAUCCAGUGCACAGUCAAGCAGUGGAUGUUUUGGAGAGCAGUCAGUGGCUAACAUUGAUAUUGUAGAACUGACAGAUGGGGCUGGUGAUAUAAGUAACUUGGAUGCUGGACCUGAGCCAGUGAUCACAAUCGUUGAUGAUGAAUCACCCGAAAGGACAUUUAGUGAGGAAAGCCAUGUAACUGUGUCAGAGGUACUUGCAGACAUAGGGAUAGCCACAGAUGCUCCUCCUGCUAGUUCAUGUGUGGAAGAUGGUUUAACUGUUUUAGAAAUUGAAGUACUGGAAACAGAUGAAACUGCAGAUGUGGUUGUAGAGGGUCAGGAUGAAUAUCAUGAUCCUGCUGCAGAUGUGCCAUUAGAUGAGACUUCAGACAGUGCCACAGAGGAACAUGUUAUAACUCAGGCAUGCACUGGAAUUACUUUAGCCAGUAUUAGGAGUUUGGAAGAUUUGGAGAAGUUGACCGUGAAGCAGUUGAAGGAGCUUUUGUCACUGAAUAGAGUUGAUUACCGGGGAUGCUGUGAGAAACCAGAACUUAUGGAGCGGGUUACUCGUCUCUGGCAGGAAAGCAGUCAAACACGGAAAGGGUUGGACACCAUGAGUAUGGAUGAACUUUGUAAAAUUUGUAUGGAUGCACCUGUGGAAUGUGUAAUGCUGGAGUGUGGUCAUAUGGCAACAUGUACGGCAUGUGGUAAACAACUUAGUGAAUGUCCAAUUUGCCGUCAGUUUGUAGUUCGUAUUGUUCGGACAUUUAGGGCAUAAACUAUGCAAGCUGCAGAAUAUCUGUAUCUUCUAGCAGGUUCUUGAGCAUCUUUUGUGCCUGUACUAUACAGGGGAAUUAUGCAUCUUCCCUUUUAGCUUAAAGUGAAAAAAUGAAGAUAAAUUCAGUUACUCUUUGGUUGAUCAACCAAAUUAGCCACCGUCUUUAUAUUUUAAUUGUGUUGUGUAUAAUUUUGUUUACAAAUGUUUAUGAUUAUUUCAUUAUGGAAUAGAUUUGUUAUAUUGUAAGUUUUAUUGGUAUAUCUAAAUCAAAAGUUACUGCCAUAAUAGUCAUUAUUAUACAUAAUAAUGACACUGGCAUAUAAAUUGUUAUUAUCAUAUCUGCAGUUCCUGUAUCCUAAUGUUUAGAAAAUUCACAAAGUAAUGCACAUGUCUGGUUGGU